CACGGCACGGUGUAGUGAGAACCCGGCUUCACAGAUACCUAAGUAACCCAGUAACAUCGAGUAGAUAAACAAUAUUAUUGUAUUGUAUCGUAUUGUUUAUCCAUCUCGAUGCCCAGUAAUAACCAAUUAUAUGAUAAGAUUGUGGUCACGAUUCACCUAAGCGGUUAACGAACUGGGUUUCAUGUCGAACCUCCAACACUUGUCAACGGUUGUCUGUCGGCCACGUUUUAAACAACACAUACGCACUGCGCAAGCACGCAGUGGUGCUGUACGCUUUUUUAUUAUAAUAUUUAUGCCUGUGUAAUAGAUCAUUUUUCUUGCGUUACGAUUUAUGAUUUUCAUUUAAUUGUUGUGCACAAAGUUUCACUUGUUAAGGAGUCAAAAAAAUUUCAAAUUCGCAUUCUCAACAGAUCUGAAUUUUGUACAAUGAAUAAACAUACUGUUGCCCAACUUCAAGUUAGAGAAUCCUCAGAACCAGAACAGGACCCGAAACACAUGGUAUUUACCGUUGUUGACGAGGAGAAAGGUAAGAAACAGUGCGAGUUAUGCAGUCAAAUUAAACCAAAAUGUGUGGAAUUACCUGUUGAUGCAAAACUCGAGUGCAUUGUAUUAUCAAGUGAGGUUUUGGCAAAUGUUUACACGGACAAAUUAGAUGUGAUACAUCAUAACUUGAUCAAUUAUUGUAUAUAUGAUGAUAAUGGACACAUGUGUUCAAUUGAUUCAGGAGUUAUGGAAAGAAAUGUUCCAUUAUAUGUGUGUGGCUAUGUAAAACCGAUUUAUGACCAUGGACCAGGUGGAGUAGAAGGAAUUGCUGCUAAACAUUUAGGACCUAUUUUGGAGUGGUGGUUAUCAUCAUAUGACGGAGGAUCUCAUCCAUUAAUAGGUAUCACUACUGAUUAUGCUGGUUACUUAUUAAUAGAACCCCAUCCUGAUUAUAAAACAUGUAUGACUUCUGUAACUGAAAAAAUACAUCUAAGUAAAAUAGUUAUCGAAACAAUAUUAGAUAAUCAAGAAUCUGAUAAUCCAACAUAUGAAGAUAUUUUGAAUUAUGUAGUAAACUCAGUAAAUCCAACAAGUGGUACUAAUUUUACAGAAGAAGAUUUAAUUGCUCAUGCACAAUUUGUACUCGACCAAGUAAUAGAUUAUGAUUUAAAUGAUUUCUAUCAUUUACCAUUAGGCGAUACACAAUGUAUUGAAACAUUGACUGAACUUUCAGGAGCUGUAAAAAAUAAUUAUCACUCUAAAGAACUAUUAGAAGCAAAGAGAAGAAAGAGGUAUUUAAAAACUAAUAUUACCCAACGUGAGUUUAGUAAAGCCACUACAACAGAAUUAGUGAAAGAUGUAUUUGAAAAUAUAUUUGCUGCUCAGUUAGAUGAAAACAAGAAAACUGAAGAAAAAAAGAGAAAUGAAAAAAUUAAAAAUGUAUUACUUUCCAUGUACAAUAAUGAAAGUAGAAAAAGUAAUUAUGAACCCUUAAGAAAACAAAUUUUUGUGGUUGUAAAAAAUCAGUUUUUAACCAUACCGUUAAUUGGUCGCAUAGAAUAUUUGUAUAAAAAAAACUUGAAAGACAAAGCACACAUAACAUUAUUUAUGCAUAGUUAUGAAACUGUAUUAGGAGAAGCUUCAGAUCCUCAAGAAAUAUUUUCUCUCAAAAAGUGUAUGAACAUUGAUCUUACUCAUAUAGUUAAAAUAUUAGAUGUCACUCAAAAAAUACCGAGGAAAGAUUGGUUUAAUCUUGGUGGUUCUAAGUUACAAGAACUUUUAGAACCUGUCAAUCGAAAUAAUAAAAAAUCAUUUUUUUACCAGUUACAAUAUGAUGAUGAGUUUGGAAAAUUUGAAUACCCAGAAGAAUCAAAUAAUGAUAAAAAAGAUAAAUAUUGUAAAAAUUGUGAAGAUAAUUUUUUUAAAAAAAAAUUACAAACUCCAGAAUUACUUGAGUUUAUUGAAAAGGACAGUGGUAUAACAUAUUACUAUAAAUUAAAAUUUCAAAAUGAAGAAUAUAAAAUUGGUAAUUUUAUUUAUCUAAAACCUGGUAUAUUCUCGAUAGCAGCAAGAUGUAAUUUCACUGAAUAUAAAUCAUUACAAUAUCCUGCCUCAAAUAAAAAUAAAAAUAAUCAAAUAUUAAAAAAUGUUGAUGAAACUAAAUAUCCAGAAUAUUAUCGUAAAACAAUAGAAAACAUUAUGCGAGGCUCAAAUGAAACUACCCCUGAUGCCUUUGAAAUAGCUGAAAUUUUAGCCAUAUAUAUUGUUGAGGGGGAUAAGAAAAAUGUUAAAAUUAUUGUAAGACGUAUGUACAGAGCUGAACAAAUCCCAAUGGAUGAUAAUUAUAAAAAUGCCGAUAUGAACAUGUUAUAUUGGUCAGAAGAAGAGUUCAGAGUACAAUAUGACGAUAUUUACGGUAAAUGUUAUGUGGCUUUUAUAACUAAUAUUCUAGAUCCUUUAGCUUGGUCUGCUGAUGGACCAGAUCGAUUUUAUUUCUCUAAAAAGUAUGAUUUUUUAACUGGUACUGUUAUUGAGGAUUAUCAACUUCCAAGUGCAGCUAAAUUGACUGGAAAAGAAGUAUAUGUAAAUUAUCAAUAUAAGUUUGUGGAUGAAGAUAAAUUGCAGUAUAUACCAUUUCACAAAAAAAAAAAAGUUCAAAACAAAUUGCAAGUAUGAUGAAUCAGCUCCAAUGAGAACAGUUACUGUAUAUGAUGCCUGGUCUGAUUUACCUGAGAUAUCCAAUGGAGCAUGUGAAGAAGAACUACCUUAUGUAUCCAAUCCUAUAACACAUUUGCAAAAAAUACUUAGGUACCCAGAUAAUGGAUUCUCAGAUUCUAUAUUGACUGAUCAUAUCUGCAAGGACAUGUCACCUUUAGUACAAGCAAGAAUGGAAUUGAUUCCUGUAGGCGAAGGGAGUGAUUGGAGAGACCUUCCUAAUAUUGAAGUAAAACUCUCUGAUGGAACUAUGACAAAUAAACUUUUGUAUUCUUAUGAUGACAUUAAAAAUGGUAAAGGUUAUAAUGGUGCAUUACGCGGUGUUUGCCAAUGCGCUACUGGAAAUAAAUGCAAUCCACAGGAUCGUCAAAACAAUACUAUUAUACCAUGGUGUUUACCUCAUACCGGUAAUAGACAUAAUAACUGGGCAGGUUUAUAUGGUCGAUUGGCUUGGACAGGUUUUUGCUCGACCACUAUUACAAAUCCUGAACCAAUGGGUAAACAGGGUAGAGUUCUUCAUCCUGAGCAACAUCGUGUGGUCAGUGUCAGAGAGUGUGCUCGAUCACAAGGUUUCAAAGAUUCAUUCUUAUUCUAUGGUCCAACCAUUAAUAAACAUCGACAAAUUGGUAAUGCUGUACCUCCACCUAUGGGUACUGCAAUUGGAUUUGAAAUUAUCAAAGCUAUGUGCAGGUAUCAAGCUGAAGGAUUUUAUUAAUUUUCUAUAUUUUUAACAAUGGAAAAGAUGUUAUAUAAUUUUAAGUUUU